CAAAAAAAAAAACACCACAACUGAAUGAUAUGCUUAGAACCAUUUGUCACUUGUUUGAGCCAAUGAAAAUCUCUAUGGUCUUCCAAUUGAAACUAAAAUUUUAAACCUUGCUUUAUCUACCUCACACAAUUCUGGAAGAUGAAAUAAAACAACUUUGUGGACUCUUUCUCCAUCAGUAAAUUAGUAUAGUAGACAAGUGUUGACAUCACCAUUAUUAUAAUUGUUGAAUUGUUAAGUAAAUUACAGUGGCAUGUGUGUAUUAGGUACUUGAUAGUAUUUAAUAAUGAAAAUGAGUUUUAAUAUAAAAUCACUUACGGGAAAUACCUCUAAAAAUACAGACUGACUGAUGAAUUGGAGGACAAAGGCUUAACAGAUACAAUGAAAAUUUACAUAAUUUAGCAUUUAAAGAAAAUAAGCUUCUGUCAUGUAGGAACUCUAUAUUUAAUACAAAAGAACUUUGUAUCUAAGUGUUUGAAGAAAAUGGGGAUUAUCAUUUAGAGGAGUUGGUUUACUGUUUAUGGCCAAAGAUACAAAUAAUGUUAUGGAUUACCAAGCAGAAGAUGGUGAAUCUUUUCAUUGUCAAAGUUAUUCUAACAGGAAUAACAAGAAAGGGACUCCUAAUGAGGUGGGAGAGUCUACGAUUGGCGCUCUUCAAAAGUAAGCUGAUGAUGAUUAGGUAGGUGUGGUGAUGCACAUCUUAGUUCCAGAACUUAGGAGACUGAAGUGGGAGAAGUCUGAAGCUAGCCUGUGCUACAUAGUGAGAAACUGCCUCAAAAGAGUAGGGGGUAAAAUUGAUAGCCAAGGAAUUAAUAAAAUUCAGAAGCUUUGAUAAUUUGAUAAGUUGUCGAACAAUUAAUUUUUCCCAAUCCUGAGUUAGAAGAUUUCAUGAUCCAACAGUAGAACAGGCUGACUAUCAUAUAACUGAAUUUGGUGUUCAUGUGUAAUAAAAACCUAUCUUAGAAUAUGUAUUGAAAAUGUACGAUGCUCUCCUUUGUAACCUGAUGCUGACAUAAUGAAGUUAAGAGGCUGAAAUCCAGCUCUGUGCUACAGUAUUUCCAGCAAUGCACAAAACACCCACAUCAGUCUUCAGUACGACAGAGCUAAGUAGCAAUGAGCUUGCCUUGCUUACCUGAUGCCCUUGGUUUAAACACUACUACAAGGAAGGAAGAGGGAGGGAAGAAGAGAGGGAAGAGAAAAAAGAAAAGAAAAUGGACAGGGAAAGAGAGAAGAAGAAAAACAAAACAUUAGAUUAAUUUUUUAGACAAGAUCUAGAACUCCCUGUGUGCCCAGGCUGGCCUUAAACUUGUGAUCCUCCUGCCUCCAUCCACCCCCAAAUGCUAGACUCCCACCAUACUUGACUGUUUGUGUUUUAAAUAAGAAGAUAGGAGUAGUACAUGUCUUCCUAAGCCAAUAACGUGCCAUUUACCUGUUUGUAGUUAUUAUGGAAGUGUUUGUUUCCAAUCAUAACUUUUCAAAUCUGUUCGUUUGAACAUUGGUAAUAUGAUUCUUUGAUUUUGUUUUAAUUCAGUAUUAAUUGUAAACAAUCUAUAUCCUGUGUAUUAGUCAUGUGAAUUAAAUAGCCUCCUACACAAAUAUGGUUAUUUGUUUCAUAAGCUCUGAGAGAACCAGAGCUGUUUUACUGUAUCAUCAAUUUUGAGUGAUUUUAAUUACAUCUUGAAUAUCCAUCAACACUGCCAAAGCUAGCUAACUGGAUUUCAUGGGUAAAUGCCUGUUUAUUUUAGUCUUUCACCUGAGUUUCCUGCGGCCAUAUAAUUUGAACAAAUAAAACAUUUCACUGUAGAAAAAUCUAUCAGAUUCUACUCCCACAGCAGUCAUUUAUUCAUGUGAGCUGAUCAACUAUUAAACAUCGGGAAAUCAUGAACUAAAGGAAACUUUUUGAUCAACUUACCAUGCAAAUAAUUAAUACCAAGCUAAGUGUCAGAGAGUUUGACCAUGUAUUGGGUUUUGAAUCCUCAUGGAAACAAAUCCUCAAGAUCACCUGGCUGUUUUAUCACCUGCAUAAAUCAUCCAUUCCUAAUCAAACAGCAGUCGAGGUGACGGUCGUCAAGGGGAAAAAAUAAACUGUCAGAGAGUCGUUGUAAAGUACCUACAUUUUUAAUAAGAAGUCAACUAAAUAGAGCUCCAAACAAAUGGUUCAUCAACAGAAAAUUUCACAGAGAAUGUAAAAUAUUAUAUAAAGAUAUAUUUGCAGUGUAGAAUUACCGUAUAGAUUUUAAUAACCUUUACAUGUUUGCCUGCAAACGCCUAAUUUUCUGACUAAAAUGUGAAUUGGUGCUCAAGAAUGUAACUUCAAAGUUGCUUCGUGAAAGAUACUUUUUUAAGUAUUUGGAUUAUCAAAUAGUCUAUACCUUAAAAUGUAUCUUUAAAGUGUGCUCGUGGUGUCUGGAGUGAAGAAAUUUAAGUAAACAGAAGUUUAAAGAAUUAAGCAGCUUUAUGUAAAAUCAGUUCAUUUUGCUUCAAGAUGGUGCAGUAACUUAGAAAGGACUCUGCGUGCCGCUGUUCACCAACCAGGAGAAAGUGGUGCCAGAGCACAGAACCACCGAGUUUACAUACAGCACAAAGAGAGGACAAACAGAUACUCUCCCUCCUCCGAGCUGCGCCAGACUCAGGCCUUUAUUCAGCUGGAUUCCCGGCUUCUCUUCCGCACACUGGGGGUCCGGGCGGACACAACUGGGUCCUGAAGCCCAUUCCGAGAUCUCUUGGGGUCUGAGCAAGAUCCGCAGGACAGCAAUGGCGACUGGGCAGAGGGGCGCGGACUACAGAGGAUUCGUGCUGCUCUCCAUCCUCCUGGGGACCUGGUGGGAAGCCCGGGCAGGACAGAUUCUCUACUCCGUGUCUGAAGAGACAGACAAAGGGUCUUUUGUGGGAAAUAUCACCAAGGAUCUGGGACUGCAGCCUCGGGAGCUGGCGGAGCGCGGAGUCCGCAUCAUCUCCAAAGGUAAGACCCAGCUUUUCUCUCUGAACCCGCGAAGCGGCAGCUUGGUCACUGCAGGCAGGAUAGACCGGGAGGAGCUGUGCGCCCAGAGCCCGAGGUGUCUCAUAAGCUUUAACAUCUUGGUAGAAGACAAAAUGAAUCUUUACCCUAUAGAGGUGGAAAUAAUGGAUAUUAAUGACAAUGCUCCCAGAUUCUUAACAGAAGAAAUAAACGUAAAAAUAAUGGAAAAUGCAGCUCCUGGGAUGCGGUUUCCACUAACUGAGGCUACAGAUUCAGACGUGGGCACGAACUCCCUCCAGAAUUAUCAGCUCAGCCCCAAUCGCCACUUCUCCCUGGUUGUGCAAAGUGGAGACGAUGGGACUAAGUACCCGGAACUGGUGCUGGAGAAGGUUCUUGAUCGGGAAGAAGAGGAUGUUCACCAUCUGGUUCUCACAGCCUAUGAUGGUGGGAACCCACCCCGAUCUGGCACCCGCCAGAUCCGCGUGACAGUGGUGGAUGUGAAUGAUCACACGCCAGUCUUCUCUCUGCCCCGAUAUCAAGCGACAGUCCCUGAGAACGUGCCAGUAGGCACAAGACUUCUCACAGUAAGUGCUGUCGACUUGGAUGAGGGAGUCAACGGGGAAGUGACAUAUUCUUUCCGGAAAAUAACUCCAGAACUUCUACAAAUAUUCCAACUGGACUCCCUUACAGGAGAAUUGUCUACUUUAAAAGGUCUGGAUUAUGAAGAAUCCAGCUUCUAUGAACUGGAAGUUCAGGCUCAAGAUGGUGCUGGUAGUCUGACCAAGGCAAAAGUACUGAUCACGAUUUUGGACGUGAAUGACAAUGCCCCAGGAGUGACUGUCACAUCUGUGAGCAGCCCAGUCCCGGAAGAUACACCCCCUGGGACAGUGGUGGCUCUUUUCUACCUCCAAGACAAAGACUCAGGAAAAAAUGGUGAGGUGACCUGCUCUUUUCCAGAAAACCUGCCUUUUAAGUUAGAACGAUCAAUUGAUAAUUAUUACAGGUUGGUCACCGCACAAAACCUGGACCGGGAAAAGACGUCUAUGUACAACAUCACACUGAAAGCCACGGAUGGUGGAAUUCCCCCUCUGUCCACAGAAACUCACAUAUCCAUUCAUGUGUCAGACACCAAUGACAACCCACCCACCUUCUCAGAUUCCUCUUACUCCAUCUACAUCCCCGAGAACAACCCGAGAGGCUCCUCCAUCUUCUCAGUGACUGCUCAAGACCCCGACAGUGACAAGAAUGCCCAAGUCACUUAUGCUUUAGCUGAGGACACCAUCCAGGGGGUACCAGUGUCUUCCUAUGUCUCCAUCAACUCUGACACUGGUGUGCUAUAUGCGCUCGGAUCCUUCGACUAUGAGCAGUUUCGGAAUCUACAACUCAGAGUGACUGCACGCGACAGCGGGGACCCGCCUCUCAGCAGUAAUGUGUCAUUGAACCUCUUUGUGCUGGACAAGAAUGACAACGCCCCUGAGAUCCUGUACCCCACCCUCCCCACUGAUGGCUCCACGGGGGUGGAGCUGGCUCCCCGCUCAGCAGAGCCCGGAUACCUAGUGACCAAGGUGGUGGCUGUGGACAAAGACUCGGGCCCAAAUGCGUGGCUGUCCUACCGUCUGCUCAAAGCCAGCGAGCCAGGGCUCUUCUCGGUAGGGCUACACACGGGUGAGGUGCGCACAGCGAGGGCCCUUCUGGACAGAGAUGCGCUUAAACAGAGUCUGGUGGUAGCUGUCCAGGACCACGGCCAACCCCCACUCUCAGCCACCCUGACGCUCACUGUGGCUGUGGCCAACAGCAUCCCUGAUGUUCUGGCAGACCUAGGCAGCAUCCGGACCCCCAGCGAACCUGAUGAUUCAGACAUCACUCUCUACCUGGUGGUGGCGGUGGCCACUGUUUCCUGUGUUUUCCUUGUCUUUGUCACUGUGCUAUUGGCUCUCAGACUGUGGCGCUGGCACAAGUCACACGUGCUACAGGCUUCGGGUGGUGGGCUGGAAGAUAUGCCUGCCUCGCACUUCGUAGGUUUGGAUGGGGUUCAGGCUUUCCUACAAACAUAUUCCCAUGAGGUUUCACUCACGGCAGACUCUCGAAAGAGCCACAUUAUCUUCCCUCAGCCCAACUACGUGGAUACACUUAUCAGCCAAGACAGCUGUGAGAAAAGUGAUUCUUUGUUAACAUCCAUAGAUUUUCAAGAAUGUAAGGGUGAAGCCCCAAGUGUGCAGGUGAGUUCUCGCCUUUACUUCUUCUGUGUACCUGUGUGUGCGGUGUUCUCACAAUGCCAGAUGUUGUCUUCUAUUGCUUUCCACCUUGUCUGUUGAGGGAGGGGCUCUUAUUUAAAGCCAGAGCUGCCCAAUCUGACUCAUGUGGCUAGUCGGCUUGCUCUGAGAUCCCUGUCUUCAUCUCUCAUGUCCUAGGAUCACAGGUGGGCCACCAUGCCUACCUGGUACUUACAUGGGUUCUUGGGAUCCAAACCGUGACUCACGCUUUCAGGCAGGGCUAGCAAUGUAUCCAUGAGCCAUCUCCAAAGGUCCGUCUUCCCUUAUCUUUAUUUCCACAAGACUUAUAUUUUGAGUGAAAUAUUUCUAUCAUUUUGCAAAAACAAGAACUUCAAAAAUGUAGGUUUAAAACCAUUAAAAUGUUGCAGGAAAGUUUACCAUUUUGUUUCAGUGAUUGUACUUUGGCAAGAAGCACAGGUUGUGAUAUCUUUUAAUUAAACCCUGUGGACAAGAAUGUGAAUAAGUAGGCUAACACAUUUUUGUGCUGUCUACUGACUUUCCACUUCAC